CAAGUGUGCAUGCGCGUAGCAGUCAGUAUGUGAUGUGCGCUGCGCACGCACAUACAUGCGGCCUAGCUACAGACACGGGUAUCAUUCCCAGCGGAGUAGCGGUAGUAUAUAAAGCGCUGCAAAAGUGCGGCCACAAGCUCCAAGCCACGGCCCAAUCGCCGGCUGACACUCACAAGAACCUGCCUCCCUCGGUCUGGAUCGCUAUCUCUUUUCUAGCGGCUCCAGAGGGAGGGAAAGCUAGCGCACAGCCGAGAGAAGAAAGCAGAGAGGGAGGGAGAACAAAGAGAGAGAGAAAAAAAAAACCAGAGAGGUUGAGCAAGAACCGAGGCGGAUCCGCCUUUUGUCCCUCCUGCCCGAGGGCUAGCCUGCCGCCGCCCCCGCGAGAGAUCGAGAGGAGGCGCUGUUCAGUUCAGUCCUGUGAUUCCUUCCUACAGGGGGGUGAGAAGCCGUGGGGGAAGAGAUGAUGCGGGAGACGUACAUGGACGUGCUGCCGCCGGUGGACCACAUAGCCGCCUCACGGAGCGGCGGCUGGUUCCCGGGCGCGGCGCGUCUCUGGACGGCGGCGGAGAACAAGCAGUUCGAGCGGGCGCUGGCCGGGCUCGACCUCUGCCGCCCGGACUGGGAGAAGGUGGCGCGGGCCAUCCCGGGCCGGACGGUGCGCGAGGUCGUCAGCCACUUCAAGAGCCUCCAGGUCGACGUCCAGCAGAUCGAGAGCGGCCUGGUGCCCAUGCCGGUCUACGGCGCCGGGGCCGGCUCGUUCACCCUGCAGUGGGACGGCUGCUACGGCCCCGCGGACUCGAGGCACAACGGCUACCGCUUCGGAAGCGGAGGCUGCGGGAGGCGGCACCACGGCCGCACCCCGGAGCAGGACCGGAAGAAGGGCGUGCCGUGGACGGAGGAGGAGCACAGGCUGUUCCUCUUAGGCCUGAAGAAAUACGGCAAGGGGGACUGGAGGAACAUAUCGCGCAACUACGUCCAGACGCGGACGCCCACGCAGGUGGCCAGCCACGCGCAGAAGUACUUCAUCAGGCUCAACUCCGGCGGCAAGGACAAGAGGAGGUCCAGCAUCCACGACAUCACCACGGUGAACCUGACGGACGACGAGCGGGCGCCCUCGCCGUCGCGGUCCUCUCUGAUCACCACCACCAGCCAGCCAAACGCGCCGGCUCCGGCCGCAGCGGUGAUAGGCGGGCCCUUCUCGUCGGCGGCGGCGGCCGAGGCCAAGCAGCACCAGCACGGCGCUGGGAACCUGCCACCGAACCGGACCUCCGUGGUGCCGGCUGUUUACAGGAUGGACGAUUCGCAGGACCACGGCCUGCAGUGUGGCCCUCUGCGUCAUCAACUGGUCGCCAGCCACCACAGCGUUCUGUUUUAGGCGCAAGCGCAAUCCCACUUUGAGGCGCGCCAUGGUCAUGGAUCCAUCCAUCAGGUGUUGUCUAGUGUGUGUGUGUACGAUGCGUGUGUUCUUUGCUGUAGCUUCAGCGCCUGUAUCGAAGUGAUUAGCCUUUUGGGGAGGGGGGGCGUAACGGAAAGGGGAUCUUCGGUUCCACGGUGGUCCAGGUCCACAAUUUGUUGUUGGUGAUGCCGAGAACGUAACAAAAAAAAGGACGCCAAGAAUUCUGAGUGGACUUGGCAUUCAAUCAUGGACCCUGCUUUUGCUCGCCGUGGCCCGGGAUGAUCAGCAGAACCUAAUUCUGGAUCCUUCUUGGUCGGCUGAUGUAUCCCUUGAGUGACCUUGGUGACCAUCUCAUCCUGCUGCUGUCUCUGAAGACGGCGACGCGCUUGUAUUGGAGGGUUUCAGAGUUCAGAUCACAUUGCUGUAGUGUAGUCUAGACAUGUUUACCCAUAGUACGUAAUCAGUUUUUUUUUUUGGCACUGGCGGCUGCCGAAAUCUGUGUCUGGACAGGCUUCAUUUCUCUCGGAUGAAGAGAAGAUAAAAAACGAAAUCGAGUUUGCGAUGAGUCAUGCGGCA